AGGUCGGUCCCAUGCAAACAUCCGCGGCCGGCUGACGCUUGCUUCCGGGUUUGCGUUCCAGCAGCUGGAACACAACACAGAAGCUAUUAUCUGCUCCAGGCUCCAGCUAGCUGCCACUUCCGGGUGCCGUUAGACGGGAGCAGUGUCUGCAGCUGCAGGGCUCGUGUUAGUGGAAACAUGUGACAUGCGCACCUGUUUCCAAUUCCAUUGCCAUUUGCUGUGUAGGGGCCGUUGUGGCCGGACAGAGCUGCCAGGGUGGUCAGAAGUGAAGCCAUACCUCAGCAGCGUCAGGCGCUGGGGGAAGCCGGGGAGGCAUUGCAGCGGCUGGCGUCGGGUCUCCAGGCAACGCAUGACGCGUCUCCAGGAGACCGCUGGUGCCUGUGCGCUGACGUCACCGGAGGAGACCAACGUGGACGGACACGCCGCGGGAAGCCGUCCGGACCCGGCUUCCUUCAGCGCCGGGGGUUUUGGUAUUUAGGCGCUGGGGGAAGCCGGGUAGGCUUUGCAGCGGCUGGCAUCGGGUCUCCAGGCAAUGCAUGACGCGUCUCCAGGAGAUCGCUGGCGCCUGUGCGCUGACGUCACCGGAGGCGACCAACGUGGACGGACACGCCGCAGGAAGCCGUCCGGACCCGGCUUCCUUCAGCGCCGGGGGUUUUGGUAUUUAGUGUACAUUAGUCUUUACUAUUUGUCAUUUUACAUCAUAAUUAUUGGGCUCUUUGCACUUUCCAUCUACUCUCUGAUGAAAACUAUAAGUCCUUAUGUACCGGAUUAUCAAGAUCAACUGGUGUCGCCGGGUGUGACAAUAAGGCCAGAUGUUUAUGGUGACGAGGGAAUUGAGCUAUUUUAUAACAAGUCUGAUGAAUCUUCAUACAUGAGCACUGUGAAAGGCCUGUGUACAUUUCUGUCAGUAUACAACAGAACAGUGCAGACUGAUAUGUUCAACAUAAACUGCACCAACGCCACUAAAGUGGAAGCUUUAUUGAAAGGUUCUGGACGCACAAUGCAUGCCUGUCAGUUUACUACUGAUAUGCUCGGAGAUUGUGCCUAUGAUAAGGAUCAUACAUUUGGAUUUGCAGCAGGAAAACCCUGUCUUUUCCUAAAAAUCAACAGGAUAAUACAUUUUGUGCCUGGCAACAAGACAGCUCCAUAUCUGACGUGCACAUCAAAGAAUGAAGAUGAUCUUGGACAUGUUGAGUAUUUUCCACCUAACGGUACCUUUGGCCUACAGUACUUCCCAUACUAUGGCAGAAAAGCACAGCCAAACUACACCAACCCUUUAGUGGCAGUGAAAUUUCAUGGCGUUAAACUUAACAAGGAGAUUGAAGUAGUGUGCAAAGUUAUUGGAGACAAAAUCAUCACUGAAAACCCUCACGACCCGUAUGAAGGAAAAGUGACAUUCAAGCUUAAAAUACAAAAAUAAAUUUGCCUUUGUGACAGAAAUGGAAGAAUUAUCGCCUGGAAGAAAUGUUACAUCACUCACCUGCAGUCAAGAAAUUGACUCACAUCAAAGAAGUCAUCCAUGUUUUUAAUUGUGACUUGCACUGAUACAUGUGAAAUUUAAAUAUUAAUACUUGGCAAGAAUAACAAUACCAUAGGCACUUACUUAGGCGCUCUAACAAGACUCAAAGUUUGUACUGUGAAUCCUACAGGUGGUCACAAGCCUCAGUGUGCAUUUAUAGCAUGUUUAAUACAAGGAAAACAUUCCUUCAUAUAAGACAAAAGAAUUGCUUUUAUAUCUAUAAUAUAUGCAUACACACUUAUUAUAUGUGUGUGUAUAUAUAUAUAUAUAUAUAUAUAUAUACGCCUAUGCUUUAUGAUGAUGAUAAUGAUUAUCUAGGCGAAAGGUCUGCUAUCAUUUUUAUUGUUUCCGACUGUGCACUGUGCAGAACAUUCUUCUAAUGGGGUAUUCUGGAGCAGCCCUGCACACCCUAACCAUACAGUAGUUUUAAUAAUUAAUAUAAAGUUAUUUAGUUGCAUGUGUUUAAAGGUAAACUCCCAUACCUGUUAGUAAAUUAACACACUUUUGCUGUUGUUUGUAUAACUUAUCAUUGAAUCACACUAUUAAUCCACUAUCAAAUUUAAUUAAAGAAAAUUAAUUUAGAGAAAUGUAUAUGAAAUUAACAAACCUAAGCAUUCGGCAUUAUAAACACAUUUGUUGUUGAGAAAAGUGAAACUAUUGUAAGUUAGAGUCUACAUCUACAUGCCUAUAUAAUUAGUCUUCAAGUUGUGAAAAUAUGAUCUAUACAAGCAGAAGGAAACUCUUAAAAGACUCUGACAUCAAAACGAUAUUAUUUAAAUUGAUGUUUAAUAUAACUGUUUAAAGUGUAUAUUUGAUAGUUGCCUUGUGUGAAUAACAUUAGAUACAAGCUAAAA